UCUCUGACGUACGCCACCUAGGCCAUACCAUACUGUCUCCUACUAACCCACGCCAUCCCUCCUCCUUAGCCAUAGCCAUGGCCAUUAUUAAGCUGCAUAGCUGAUCCCUACGAAUUUCCAAUCAUUGCCUUUCAAACUCACCUCUUCAGACGAUUUCCUAAAGGUGUUGCUUCUUGUAUUUUUGGUACAUUGGUGUUUAAUCUUGGAUGGUGUAAACCAUAUGUUUAUUGUUUGAUUGAUCAAGCAUCAUGCCAGGGGUCACUAGGAUGCAGUCUUUGCUGUUUCUACUCUUAUUCACAUCCUUCAUUUUCUUGAACUCUGUGAACAAUGUGAAUGCUGGUAUCACAAGUGUUUUCAUUCGGAAUGAGUGGCCAUCGGUUGACAUCCCUCUUGAUAAUGAAGUAUUUGCAGUUCCCAAUGGACAUAAUGCACCACAACAAGUGCAUAUAACACAAGGGGACUAUGAUGGAAAAGCUGUGAUUAUCUCAUGGGUCACAGCUGAUGAACCAGGGCCCAGAAAAGUACAAUAUGGCACAUCAGAGAAAAAUUAUGAAUUUACUGCAGACGGGAAGAUGACAAACUACACCUUUUACAAAUACAAUUCUGGCUACAUUCAUCAUGUUUUUGUUGAUGGCCUUGAGUAUGACACCAAGUACUAUUACAAGAUUGGGACUGGUGAUUCCACACGAGAAUUUUGGUUUCAAACACCUCCAGAGAUUGGUCCAGAUGUUCCUUACAAAUUUGGAAUCAUCGGUGAUUUGGGUCAGACGUAUAAUUCAUUGUCCACCCUAGAGCAUUACAUGCAGAGUGGAGCACAGACUGUCUUGUUUGUAGGAGAUCUUGCAUAUGCUGAUAGAUAUCAGUAUAAUGAUGUUGGUAUACGGUGGGAUUCAUGGGGUCGCUUUGUUGAGAGAAGUACUGCAUAUCAGCCUUGGAUCUGGGCUGCUGGGAAUCAUGAAAUAGAAUACAUGCCUUACAUGGAUGAAGUUGUUCCUUUUAAAUCCUAUCUCCAUCGCUACCCUACACCUCAUUUGGCUUGUAAAAGCAGCAGCCCUAUGUGGUAUGCUAUUAGACGUGCAUCUGCUCAUAUAGUUGUGCUAUCCAGCUACUCUCCAUUUGUGAAAUACACACCUCAGUGGGUGUGGCUCAGCAAAGAAUUAAAGAGGGUUGACAGGGAGAAGACCCCUUGGCUCAUUGUCCUUAUGCACGUUCCAAUCUACAACAGUAAUGAAGCACAUUUCAUGGAGGGUGAAAGCAUGCGAGCAGUCUUUGAAGAAUGGUUCAUCCAUCACAAAGUUGAUGUAGUCUUUGCUGGUCACGUUCAUGCUUAUGAAAGAUCUUAUCGAAUCUCAAAUAUAAGGUACAAUGUAUCAAGUGGAGAACGAUUCCCCGUACCAGACAAAUCAGCUCCUGUUUACAUCACUGUUGGAGAUGGUGGAAAUCAAGAAGGUCUAGCAGGAAGAUUUAGAGAUCCCCAACCAGAGUAUUCUGCGUUCCGAGAAGCCAGUUAUGGCCAUUCAACGCUGGAGAUCAGAAAUAGGACGCAUGCAUUCUACCACUGGAACCGCAAUGAUGAUGGGAAAAAAGUGGCAACUGAUUCGUUUGUAUUACACAAUCAGUACUGGUCAAGCAAUCUGAGACGAAGAAAACUGAAGAAGCAUUAUUUAAGGAGUGGGCUUGGGCGGAUUGCUUCUUAUUGAGAAGAUAACUAGCACCUCUGCCAUGAUUGCUUUGAUGUAAUUUCAGUAAGAAGAUGAAAAUGCCAACAAUGAUCAAAUGCAAACUCGUUACUGGAGAUGCAUGGAGUGAUCGUCUUCUUCUACUUCGUGCUCGAAUAUGUAACGUUGAAAUGGUUAAUAAGUUGAGAAACUGUAGUAAAAUCUCUAAAAUAAUCACUAUUCAAGAAUUGGGGUGGUUUACUUUGAUUCUAUGUAACAUUCGACAAGGGUAAACUUUUGUUUUGCCUUUGCUCACAUUUCCAUUGAAAAUAAACAGGAUUGUAGGAAGCUUGCUUGCUCUACAUGAGUUAUACAUGAGAGAUUUUGAGA